AUGGAUAGGUUUGAUCCACAUGGGGGAGUAUUUUUCUACACGGAAAAAUACGAUUUUUCUGUCACCCUUUCCCCUACAGCCCAGGCGUUGCGGUGUUAUUCUUGCCAGGAGCCUAUAACGGCCGUAAAAUGCAUGAAGGUGGACAAUUGCUUGCAGAAUGAGACCAUGUGCAAGACUACCAUGUACUCCCGCGAAGAAGUGUACCCGUUCCAGGGCGAUUCGACCGUCACGCGGUCUUGUUCUUCGAGAUGCAUUCCGUCCGACGUGGAUGGGAUUGGCUUGACCCGCCCGGUGACCUGCUGCAACACGGACCUCUGCAACCAUGAUGGGGCAGCCGACAUGCAGAUCAGCUACAUCACGGUGGGGACCUCAGCUGUUUCCUUCUUCAUCCUCCUCCGGCCGGGACUGUGAUUCAGAAGGCAAAGGCAGAAGAUCUUGGUGUGUGUGUGUGUGUGUGUGUGUGUGUGUGUGU